AUGCUUGCUAUGUUGGGAGAUUCGUUUGCGGUGGCGCAACGUAGAUUUUUGGCGAUCGAGCGGAAGUUUGCGGUGAAUAGUGACUUCAAGAACGAGUACGUUAAGUUUAUGGAGGAGUACAAGGCACUAGGCCACAUGGAGUUGAGUCCUCGCGUCGAAAAUCCCCAGUUUGUCCUGCCACAUCAUGCCAUCUUCCACCCGGACAGUUCUACCACGAAGACCCGCGUGGUAUUUGAUGCUACAUGCAAGGGGAGUUCCCAGUUGUCGCUGAAUGAUGUUUUGCUCGUCGGCCCAAUUGUUCAACCUCCUCUGCUCGCAAUCGUUCUCAACUGGCGGAUACCUCGGUACGUUUUCAAUGCAGAUGCGGAGAAGAUGUUCCGCCAAAUCUGGGUCCAUCAAUUGGACCGCAAAUUCCUGCAAGUUCUUCGGCGCUUAAGUGGGUUUCAACAACUUCAGCGGUACCAGCUCACUACAGUUACAUACGGCACUUCUUGUGCACCGUAUCUCGCAACCCGUGUGCUGAACCAACUGGCGGAGAACGAGGGUCACCGAUACCCUCUAGGUGCGAAAGUAAUCCUCAGCGGAUUCUACAUGGACGACGCACUGUCUGGCGAGGACGAUUUGGAGGUCGCCAUCGAGGCGAGCAAGCAGCUAGAGGAGCUCCUGAAGCUGGCUGGAUUCAAUUUGAGAAAAUGGAGCACCAACGAUACAAGGGUUCUGGCACACGUGAAUGAUGAUUUGAAGGAGUUCUCGCCAGAAACAGAAAUCGAUGGUUCUGGAACCGUAAAAACAUUGGGUCUUCUUUGGUCGGACAUCACGGAUGAGUUCGGUUUCAAGAUUCCAGCCUUACCGCCACUGGAGAAGGUCACCAAGCGGAUAGUGGCCUCCGAGAUGGCACAGUUAUUCGACCCACUCGGAUUAGUCGGAUCCGUAGUUAUGAGUGCGAAGAUGUUCAUCCAAAGGCUGUGGGCGAUACACAUUCCUUGGGACGAGGAACUUCCCGAAAGCCUUCGGGUCUGGUGGAUGCGUUUCCGUGGUGAGAUCCCUGAACUGUCGAAGCUGAAGGUUCCCCGACGCGUUCUAGCAAACACGAACAACCAUUACGCUCUCCAUUGCUUCUGUGAUGCUUCCGACCACGGAUAUGGAUCGUGUGUCUACGUAGUUUCGAAUGGAAUGGAAAAGGGUUGUAACAAUGCCAACUACUCAUCGCUAAGUCUCGCGUUGCACCUCUACGUGGACUCACUAUUCCAAAACUCGAGCUUUGCGCAGCCCUCCUUGGCAGCCAGCUGA